AUGGCUCCUUCCCGCCAAGGCCGCAGCGUCGACUACCGUCGCAACUCGCUGGAGUCGGGGCCUCCCUUCCUCCGCUACUCGGCCAACGCCCACUUCUCCACGUCGCUCUUCGACGACUCCUUCUUCCCUGCGGGUUCUCGCUCGCGCGACGCCGACAUGGUUCCCACCGACAAUUUCCUCUUCGAGUCCCCGGGGCUCGCUCCCACCAACGAGGUUUCCACGCUUCCCCCGGCCACGGCGUCGCUCUCGAAGCGCACGCCGCCGCCUCUGCCUCCCCGCUCCUACCUGGGCGGCGAUGGGCGCGACGCGUACAGCUUAGUGCUGCCCUCCACGCACUCCGCGUCCACGUCGUCCAUGCUGGGCAACGCCUCCAAGCCGGUCUCCGGGUAUUGGUCGCGCACCAUCACUCCCUUCGCCGACCCUGCAGAGCCCGCCGCGGGCGCGCAGAGCGGAACCCAGCUCACGGCCAGCGCGGUGCCGUUCGUGGGGUCGCAGAGCCGCGCGGUGGAGAGCUCUGCGGGCGAGACGGCGACGGAGGGAGAGGCGAGUCGACCGGUGGAGGAGAAGAAGAAGGGAGACGGGGACGAUGUGGAUAUCGCGAAGCUGUACAGCGGAGAGGAGACGCGGUCGGCGGUGAUGAUCCGCAACAUUCCGAAUCGGUUCAGCAAGGAGGAGAUGUGCGAGAUUCUGAACGAGUUCGUGGAGGGCAAGUUUUCGAUUAUGAAUAUGCCGCUGGAUUCAAAGACGCAUCGCAAUUUGGGGUACUGCUUCAUUCAAUUCAACUCCAUUCCCGAUCUGAUUGAGGCGUAUAAUCAUGUAGGCGUCGAGGAGAGGGUGGGAAAUGUAGUUGCAAGGCAAGAAUUGGCCCAAGUCAGAGUCUACGAAGAAAUGCCGAUUCUGCUACGCCAAGAUUCAGAAAGAUCCGAAUACUGCGACGACCGAGGAUGCGGAGAAGGGAACCAAAUCAGUUUAGAGGCCGUUUUCAUCUGUUUUAGUGUUGGCGGAUGUUUUUUGCAGUGUUUGUUCUAUAUGCAGUGUUUGAACAGGGUCGCCACGGUGUUUUGCGCCUCAAAACCCACCGAAGCGCAAUAUCAGCAAGCUCUCGAAUUGGGUGAACUUCUCGCUCGGAACCACUUUAUCAUCAUAUCUACUUAUCGAAUUCCGAAUUGUUACUUAACGUUUUAA